UGUGGGUCCCGAACCCGACAGCGGGCUGCAGCGUGGAAUGGUGCCGCGUGAGGUGCUGUCCGAACGCUUCUGUGGAAUGCUGUGAUCAGAGACCCGACCGCGUCGGGGCGAGGUGUUCUGGCCCGUCCUCGCGAAGCGCCAGUGUGGCACGUUGUGAGCUGACACCCGGGAGCUCCCGUGUUGGAUGUUGUGACCUGACGUCAGAGAGCGCCGGUGUUGGAUGUUGUGACCUGACAUCUGAGGGCGCGUGCGUGGAAUGCUGUGACCCGCCCGCCGGAACACCUCGCUGGGUUCGGCUGCGCGUCGCCAUGGAUGUGUACCCGAGCGGCAACAUCUUCCAGGAGCUGAAGCUGGUCCUAGACAAGGGCUGCUUCCUCUCCUCCUGCUCGCUGGAGGAGCGCUGGCAACAGACGUGCUAUGAGAUGGAGAAGUAUCUGAAGGACGAGCCGAAGCUGAAGUCGUUCAAGAAGCUGCCCAGCGAGCUGGACUCGCCGCGCAUCAAGCAGGAGGAGGCGGACGACAGCGACUACUUGUUCUCGUCGCGCGACUCGCUCGACUCGCUGAGCGUGUCGUCCGUGUCGUCGGCCAACUGGGAGACGGCCAGCAUGAAGACGGAGGAGGUGGAGUCCGAGUCGGAGAGUGACUCGGAGGAGGCGUACGGCGACUCGGGCGCCAGCGGCCGGCUGCUGGCCUCGCUGACGCCGCCCUCCAGUCCCGAGUGGGCGGCGGCCGGGCCGCGGCUGGCCGGCCGCGGCACGCUGCAGGUUCGCUUCACGUCGCGCUCUGGCGGCCUCAUCUCGUGCCUGCCGGGCUUCUCGCUCAAGGCCGGCCACGGCCGCCAGCUGCGCGUCGACACGUCGCCCGACGGCAAGCGGCGGAUACACAAGUGCCUCUUCUCCGGCUGCAAGAAGGUGUACACCAAGUCGUCCCACCUCAAGGCCCACCAGCGCACCCACACAGGUGAGAAGCCGUACCGGUGCUCCUGGGAGGGCUGCGAGUGGAGGUUCGCCCGCUCCGACGAGCUGACCCGGCACUACCGCAAGCACACGGGCGCCAAGCCGUUCAAGUGUCACAGCUGCGACCGGUGCUUCUCGCGGUCGGACCACCUGGCGCUGCACAUGAAGCGCCACCAGGCCGAGCUAUGAUCGCCGGCGCCGGCGCCGUCUGGCCGGUCGGCCGCCGUCAGGGACUACACUGCCACUGUCAUUCCACCGCCGGCUGGCGGGCCCGGCCCGGGCCACACCCCGACCCGCCGCCGGCUUUUGUACGGGCCGCCAGCGAGGCACGGCGCCGGUGUGAGCUACAGCUAGUCCGCCGCGGAUGUCCGCGGACCGCCAGCACCCGUUUGUGUGUCUGUCUGCGUGUGUGCGUGUGUGUACGCGCUCGCCGGCUCGUGAAAGUUUCGUUCGGGAAGUUGCGAAAUUUAAAGAGGACUUCUGUCAUUCAAGUUGCGCAUCCACAUUCAUCAAGUCGUGUCGCGGCUGGUAAUUACUCAUUUGCUCCACU